AUAAUGAAGUGCGCCGUAAUAAGCUGUGGUAAAACCAAUAAUAACAAAGCAUCAGAAUGUAGUUUUUUUCGUUUUCCCGCUGAACCCAAUCUUGCCAGAAAAUUGAUAAAAUUCUGCCGGCGGGAUAAAGAUUUUAAUCCAAAGACCGGCUACGUGUGCAUGGAUCACUUUUCCAGUGAGGACUUUGAAAAUAGUCUUAAGUACCAAAUGGGCUUUGCAAAGAAACGGGCUUUAAAACGAGAUGUGCCAACCAUUUACAAAAAACAAAUUGAGAAUCCGGAACGUAUCGAACGAGAAUGUGCGAUUAAGCAAAGAAAACAAAAGGGUUUUGUCCGAAAUUACACUUCUAAAGCGCAGUUUUUAUAUGAAGGAGAAAAAGCGUGCAUAUGAUAUAGAGGUUUGGAAAAAAGGGCAGUAGCAGCGGAGCAUGCCUGCAUAAAUAUGGAAAAUAAGCUGGAAACCAUAUUUACAAAGGGGCAGAUUACCAAAUUAAAGAACGGCAUUAGGAGACAAGCCUGGACCGAGAAGGACAUAGCCCAAUCAAUAACUUUGUAUGCCGCAAGCGCAAAAGCGUAUAAAUUAUUAUAUAAGAAAGAAUUUCCACUGCCAGCGGUACGAACAUUACAAGAUUGGGCCAAGAGAAUCGAAAUUUCUCGAGGUGUGUUGCAUACCGGCUUAGGGGAUAUAUUCUUGGACACAACCAAUGUGUGAUAUCCGACAACGCCAAUAUCGAAGUUGACGACACCCCAGAUCUUGAAGUUUCUCAGCCACC